AUGGCCGCUCUCUUUCACCUCGCGCUGGCGCUUGUGGCUUGCACCAGCGCUUUCGAGCGGAUGAAGCAGAAGCUCAAGAACGAGGCAGACUACCCCUUGUUCAUUCCGCUCUUGGGCGCGUCGGUCGUCAUCGGCGGCAAAGGUCUCACGGACGCGCUACUCACGUUCGCCAAGGUCUCCGCCGGCAUGCGCGGCGCGUCGCUCGCGGAGACGUUCCUCGGCGUGCCGGUGCUCGGGAUCGACGCUGUCUGCGUGGUCGUCGGCGUCGCCCUCGGCGCGUAUACCUGGGAGAACCAACGACCACCGUCGGACGCGUAG